CUUUUCCUGGUUUGGGGAAUUAGACUGUGUAUAGUAGUUAGGAAAGCUCCAUCCGAGUUCAACGAAAGCCGAUUUAUCUCCAUGGCAAUUUACAAUGAGUUCUUAUUAUCAGUCUUCUUAAAUAUAUCAAUGUUAUUUCUACAGAAGCCAGCCAACCCUGAUUUGAUGUACAUAAUAUUCUUCUGCCAUACGCAACUCUCAGUGACAUUACUUCUGUGCUUGAUAUUUGGAAGCAAGGUAUUCAUGGUAUUCAAAAACGACGAAAGGACGGACGAGAGUUCAAUGGUUUCGAAAAACCCAUCAUCUAAAUUCAUCAGCAAGGCUAGGUCGGACAACCCGCAAUACAGUACUAAUUCCUCAACGAGCGGUCCGGAAUUCAUGUAUUCCAAAUACAACGAACAAGAUGUCCAAGAAGAAUUUUUGAGAGUCUACACACAGCUGGAAAUCCUCAAAGAACGAAAUAUGAGAAUGGGAAAUCGACAUUUGGCUUCGAAAAUAAUAGCCAUGCAAGACGCUGCGCGGUCUCAUGACAAUGCAGCUCAAAAUAUCAUCAAAGAAAGCACCAGCUUGG